AUGUGUACGUCUAUUUUGAAAGAGGAUGCUACAAAUACAACUCCGAAAAAAUUGAAAAAAUUAUUGGUUUCAUUUUUAAGUUGUUUGAUAGUGCAAUUUCAUUGUUUACUCGAUAGUAUUGUUGAUUUUAUUUUUGGAUGCUAUUAUCAUGGAAAAGACAAAAAAGUUCCUCCAAUUAGUGACAAAUUAUUGCUGGAAAGUGCUGUAGAUUUAGCUGAUAAAAUAAGAAAAAAGGAAAUUUCCUCUGAAUUAGUUGUCACCACAUUUAUCAAAAGAUGUAAGGAAGUUAAUAGUUUAUUAAACGUAAUCGUCGACGAAAGAUAUGAGCAAGCAAUUGAAGAAGCAAAAAAUGUCGAUAAAAUUCUAGCAAGUGAUAUUGAUAUUGAAAAACUUAAAUUAGAAAAACCAUUUUUUGGUGUGCCUUUCACUACUAAAGAAAGCAAUGAGGUUCAAGGUUUACUUCAUUCUGUGGGUAUGAUGGCCAGAAAAGGAUAUCUGUCGACGGAGGAUGCUACAGUCGUUGGUUACGUUAAAAAUGCCGGUGCAAUUGUUGUUGCUAAAACUAACAUUCCUGAACUUAAUUUAUGGGUUGAAUCUCGAAAUAUGAUCUAUGGACAAACAAAUAAUCCUUACAAUACAACUCGUACCGUUGGAGGAAGUAGUGGAGGAGAUGCAGCUAUUACAGCAGCAUGUGGUGUUCCCUUCGCACUUGGCUCAGAUAUUGGAGGUUCAAUAAGGAUGCCUGCUUUUUUCAAUGGUGUAUUUGGUUUGAAGCCUAGCGCAAAAGCAACACCUCUGAAAGGUAUUGGCUUAAGAUCAGUCGAUUUCACUGAUUCGAUGGCUGAAGCAGGCCCGAUUUGUAAGCACGCAAAAGAUUUGCUGCCGCUAUUGAAGAUACUGACCAAAAAUACCGAUUUGAUCAAAAAAUUGGACACUCCUGUGGAUGUCAAGCAGUUGAAAAUAUUCUACCAAGAAUCGUUGGGUGAUCUUCGCGUAAGCAAACUCACCGAAAACAUGCGUACUGCAUUUAAUAAGGCAGUCACUCAUUUUAAAGAUUUGACUGGAUCCGCGCAAAAAAUAAAACUUCCCGGUUCAGAAUAUAGUUUUAGAUUGUGGCGGUAUUGGAUGAGUCAAGAGCAAGCUGAUUUUAAAUCAGAUAUCAUGAACCGUAAAUCCAGAACAAGUGCCACCGCUGAAAUUGUUAAUCUUGUUACCAAUAAAUCAAAUCUCACUUUAGCAGCUAUUCUCAAACUUAUUGAUGAAGAUUUCUUCCCUAAAGAUAGUAAAGCAUGGGCAGAGAGUGUAACUAAUAGUAUGAAAGAGUAUUUAUUGGAUAAACUUGGCGAAGACGGAGUACUUUUAUUUCCUUCAUCUCCUUUUGCAGCAAGCUAUCAUUAUUCAUAUUUUUUUAGACCUUAUAACUUUAGUUACUGGGCCUUGUUCAAUGUUUUGAAAUUACCCACUUGUCAAAUACCACUUGGCUUGGGUGACGACGGUUUGCCGGUUGGAGUACAGGUUGUUGCUGCUCCUUAUAAUGACCACUUAUGCAUUGCCGUAGCACAAGAACUAGAAAAAUCAUUUGGUGGAUGGGUAUCACCGUCAUAA